AUGACAGGUGACCUACAGGUGUCCAACAUUGAGCCAAUCCUGUCCAAAAUUAUUGGUGCAUGCCACUGUCAGAGACAAAAAGGCAGCAUUCAUAGUGCUUGGCAACGAAGUGGGAUCCAGAUCAAAGAGCAAAAGGUAUGGGAGAAAGUCUCCAGAGAGUGUUUAACUCUUGUGUCACGGGAGGAGCACAAGACAGACACAGUGGGCGUGGCGUCAGGCCUCGGAGAGGCUUUUAUUAACAGAAAUCAUAAAACAAAGGGAAUAAAAGUGGCCAAAAGGGGGAAAGUGUCCAAAAUAACAGGGAAUCUGGUGUCCUCGUCGUGCUGCGGGAUUUGUGUAGGUCGGGCAGUGUUCAUCAAGGAAGGGUCCAGGCAAGGGGCGGAGUCCGGCGGCCGCACGCGCUCCCCUCCUUGGUCCGGGGCGCGAGCGGCCGCGUCUCUCUCGUUGGCCGCGGCGCUGGUAGGGGAUGGACGGCCCGGCAUCCUGGCCCGUCGGCCGUGUAUACGGGUGCGGUUCCCAUCCGGAUCGCGGGUCCGGCAGCUCACGUCUUGGUGGCGCGGGAGUCCCUCAACGCACCCUUCCUGGACCCACGAGGACACCAGUGUGCAUGCACGGGGAAGAGACCGGUCUCCUGAGGAGAGGCGCGUUGGGCUUUUAAACAGCGGCGGUAAUGAGGCUCCACUUCCUUCAGGUGUGCCCCAUCACACGCCGCCGGCCCUGACUCGUCCAGCGCCCCUCCUCUCACACACCCACUCCAGUCGGGAGCCUGGUGAAGGGCGGCGAUUUAGGACGGGGUGCCGGUGAUAAUCAGGGAGGAGGCAGCUGACUCGUCA